AUGCCAAGCCUCUUUUCCAGCGCUCCGCUGGGGCAUGAUGUGUACCGCAUCCAGUACCUUCACGUGUUCCCAACUAUCCCUACAACCCCCGAGUUCAGCGAACAGAGUUCCCCAAGAGCCAUCAUCAAAUAUUCUUUGCAGUACUUUCCUGUCGAUACUUUUGACAACGAUAAUGAGGAGAAAUCAUUUGGUGAUGCAGAAAUGUUCUGUGGAGGACUCGUUCCAACUUCAGUAAAUGUUGCUGUCGAACCCGUGAUUGUAAGGUUCAACGGAACCCUCGACUUUCCCUCUAUAUAUCGUGGCCCUCCUUCCCCAGAAAUUGAUGCCGCUUGGAGCAGGAUAGCUGGCGAUGUGCUACCGACUCGAAUGUCGCUUGAGGAAAUUCUCAAAGCCGGCGACGUAGAUUCACCUUCCAAGGUCAAGUAUCCAACUAAAUUUGAUGGGGAUUUCACGGAAGUCCCUAAGCUAUACUACACCGAAUGUAUUUGGUUCCAGGACAAGCCCGAAGUAGUCCGCAUGCAUCUCGACAGAAUAUCAUGUGCAAUUGCCGACGUGACGAUGAUAACAUGGGACUGGGUUCAGGGACACGAUAUCCCAUGCCCUAACAUCAACACCCGCCACCAAUGCAGGAACUACGAGAGAAUCUUGGAUUGGGCUGUCAAGCACGCUGUUCAUAUCGAUAAAUCCGAGGUUACUCGCUUCGAAGAUACAGUUAACCUCCCCUUACCAUUCUAUCCGAUGAACCAUCUAAUUUAA